GGACGAUCAAGACUCCAUCACGCUGCAGAAUUCCAGUCUUUACUCCACAAAAAGUGUCAACUAAAGCGUUAGGUUUAACUGACGAUGGAUCUGCUGUGCUGGGGCAAUAGAGAGCUGGGCCAGAGCGGGCAUGGCAGACCAGGUGACGUCACCCCAGAGGACUCUCGCCUCGGAGAGUUCACAGAAGGAGGGCUGGGCAGGGUGAAGACGAUGGCAUGUGGGUCUACCCACUCCGUGGUGGUCACAGUGGCUAACAAGAUCUUUACGUGGGGAAAUGGCACCAGCGGACAGUUGGUUGAUGGAGAAAGGGCAGUAAAGGACCAGCCAGUGGAAAUCACAUUACCACUGGAAGAGAAUCGUAAAGGAUGGGACGACAAUGUUCAGCAGAUGAAAAUAGCUGGUGUUGCCUGUGGAAGCAGACACUCCUUCGUAUGGACUAAAACUGGGCUGGCCUACGGUUUUGGAAACAACUAUUACGCUCAGCUGGGCUAUGACUUCCAGAGGGCUGAUUUCAAGGAACACCAGCUGACACCACGUUUGUUCCGGAGUCUACCAUCAUCUUUGAAGAUCUCUCAAGUGACCUGUGGAGAGCGACACACACUGUUUGCACUGCAGGACGGAAGAGUCGCGGCUUGUGGGCACAAUGAUUGUGGACAAAUUGGCAGCGGUUCUGAUGAGAAUGUGAUCAUCCCUCGCUUUGUGGAGGGUUUGGACCACGUGUCUAAGGUCACCUGUGGGGCCAACCACAGUCUGGCAUUGGCAGGUGACGGGAGGUUCUUUCAAUGGGGCAUUGGACGAGCAUGCGGAAACACAACAAAGAACAUCCUUCGCCCACAACGCGUGAUGCUGCAAAGUUCGCCAGUGAAGGAAGUAGCUGCGGGAUGCUGGCACAGUCUGCUUCUAUCAGCCCGUCACUCCGGGGAGGGCGGGAGGGAGAGACUUGCCAGGCUGGAGCUGGGAUGCGCCCAAGCAGCCGUCUUCACGGCAAACCACCCAAGCAGCCAGCAGGGCAGCCAGCCCACUCCACCACAUGUCAGACAAGCCCUGACUCUGUGCCCUUCACCCUCUCUUCACUCCCUCCAACACGCGCACCGCGAUGUCAACAGGCCCUCCCACAUUUUGGAGCUAAAAGUGGGCGUUCCCAAGCCUACAAGCCUACAAUCACUGCUGUAA